AUGUCGCAGGCUGGCCAGGCCGGGCCGGCGGCGCCGGUGGCGAAGGCUGACCUGGAGGCCGACAUCGCGGCGCUGCUCGGCAGGAAGCAGCGCCUGCGGGAGACCUUCGACCGCCUCGUCGCCUGCGCGCCGCUCCAUGCCCGGCUCCCCUUCACCUGGGAGGAUAUCGAUGCCCAUGUCUCCUCCCUCCACGCCUCCUUCUCCCUCCGGUUCCGCCAGAUGCAGCAGCAGCCCCGUCCCAUCGUCCCCGUCCCCGUGUCCGUCUCCUCUACUCACGACGAUGAACAGCCCCACCCAAGCACGCCUGUGUACCCUACCGCAACCCCUGACGGCGACCAGCCCCACCCCGGCGUCCCUGUGUCUGCAACCCAUGACUCCGAGUCCAUCCAGGAGGACGAGGAGAUCCUUAACAAGGAUGAAGAAAACAGCAAGGAUGAAGACGCGUCUCGGGUUCAAGAGAAAAAGGAAGAUCAAAUGGAGAAAGUUAGGGAGGGCAAGAAGGUGAGCCUCGCUACUCUAGAAGAAGGAAUUGGUUCUGUGGUGGCGCCACGCCACAAGCUGCCAUACGUGCCGUAUUUUAGGCAAGAGUUCCUCCCUGAUGUGGUGAGGCAAGAAGCCCCAAUGGGCAUUGACCAUGUACUCCAGCAGCAGCAGUACAUGGCGAUGGCGCACCAUCAACCCUACUUGCCACAGACUACUAAUGAGGACGUCAUCAAUGUGCUUGUCAACAAGCCAAGUAAGAAGAGCAAGACUAUCAACAAGCACAAUGCUAAACGAAAGCCAGACAAGCCAAAACACAAUGCCAAACCAAUGCCGGAGGAGCCAAUUGAGAAGAAGGCCGUAUACGAUUAUUUCUAA